AUGAGGAACUACACAUCCGUGAGCGAAUUCAUCUUCUUGGGAAUUUCUAAUACUAAAGGGCUGGGGAGCAUGAUAUUUAUCUUGUUCCUGACUUUCUACCUCUUCACCUUACUGGGCAACCUGACCAUCUUCCUGACCAUUCUGGCUUCCUCCAACCUCCACACCCCCAUGUAUUUCUUCCUGGGAAAUAUAUCAAUGUUUGACAUACUUUUUCCAUCUGUGGUUUCCCCUAAAAUGAUGGCCUUCCUGGUGGGGCGAAGCCACACCAUCUCUUACCAGGGCUGCGCUUCCCAGGUCUUCUUCUACCAUACCCUGGGUGGCACUGAGUGUUUCCUCUAUACUGUGAUGGCCUAUGACCGCUUUGUGGCCAUUUGCCAUCCUAUGCGUUACAUUGUCAUCAUGAGCCACAGGGUGUGUACUGUCCUGACGGUGAGCAUUUGGCUGGGGGGCUGUCUCCACGGGAGUGUUCUCACCUUCCUCACCUUCAGGUUACCCUACUGUGGCCCCAACGAAGUGCACAAUUUUUUCUGUGAUAUCCCUGUGGUGCUUCCCCUGGCCUGUGCAGACACCUCCCUAGCACAGAUGGUGAGUUUCACCAAUAUAGGUGUUGUUGCACUCAUGUGCUUUCUCCUUAUUCUCACCUCGUAUAUGCGCAUUGUUCUGUCCAUAUUGAAAAUCAGCUCCUCAGAAGGCAGGCGCAGAGCCUUUUCCACCUGCAGUGCCCACCUGACCUCCAUCCUCUUCUUCUACGGGCCUGUGUUUCUUGUCUAUCUCCGUCCAGCUUCCAGCCCCUGGCUAGAUUCUGUGGUUCAGGUGCUGAACAGUAUUGUAACGCCUUCCCUCAAUCCUUUGAUUUACACCUUGAGAAACAAGGAUGUGAAAUUGGCCCUAAAGAAGAUAUUAGUUCAAGUGGCCCACCCUUUUGAGUCAUAA